AUGCUAUCUAUGCAUAACCAGAAUAUUCACUCUAUAAGGUCAGAAAGAAUGGUGAAAUGUCCAUUCAAUCCACAACAUGUAAUGAGCCCUAGCUCUCUGCAACGGCACAUAAUAAGGUGUAUGGUCAAUUAUCCAAAUUUUGUUGUGUGCCCUUAUAAUGCUUUGCAUAGAUUUCGAAAUAAGGACCUUCUUGCAGAUCACAUGCUCCAGUGUGAUUCUAGAUCAAAGGCAUAUAUUAUGGAUGAAGUAAAUGAUGAUAUUAAACAGGAAGUCUGCUAUCAUAUAGAUAAAAUCAGGGCUUUCAAUCUUGAACAUGAGAACUGGGAUGAAGAUUAGGAUUAUGAAGCAAUAUUCCCUUUCUUUUAUAUUGAGAGGUUUUAAAGUGUUAUUAAUUCAUUCAAGGUUUUUUAUAUUAUAUUGAUAUGGAUUUUCACUUUUGCAUUUUUUGUAGUGUGGUUUGUGCAUAUGCAAGGAUAUUUAACAUUUAACUCUCUUUUCAAAUGCAGUUAAAUACCUUGUACUUUGAUGUCUACCAAUGUAUAAUGUCUCUGUUUUAUUGAAAUUGA